AUGUCUUCUGCCACAUCCGCUUCAAGUUUGGAUCACUGGUGGUCUUCUUCCGACCUUCCAACGCUCACUGGAAAAUAUGUCGAUGAUGGUUACCUGCAGCUCGUCAAACUCGUCGAAACCGAGGCCUACGCUAAAAUAUACCUGGGCAUAUCUACAGUCUACCCCGACUCGUCUCCUUGCAUCAUCAAGUGCAUGCGACAGGUCUGUCCAGGCACCGAACGCUACGACUACUACUACAAUGAAGUCUCCCUCCAUUCCACCCUCAGCCACACCAGGGGGGUGGUUUCGCUAUUGCACACAUUCAUCGAGGCACCUGGAACUAACGACGAACUAUUCUUCAUGGUCCUUGACGGCGUCGACAACAACAUGUUCCGCUUAAUCGACCAGGGCUCCUACAUCGACCACCCUCGGCUCGUUCAACAAGCAUUCGUCCAACUUUUGGAUGCUGUUGACAGUUGUCACGCAUCCGGCAUAUUCCACUGCGACCUCGAUCCGUCGAACAUUUUCUGUGAUGACCAGGGGCUUGGCAUCCAACUGGCCAAUUUUAGUAUGGCCACCAAAGACCCUCAAGCUCGCCUGGGGUCCGGUCGGCCAUCCUACCUUAGUCCGGAGGCAACCACCGGUCUCGAGUUCAUGCAUUCCGCCAGAGGAGCCGACUUGUGGGCGCUGGCCAUUACUCUAUUCCAGCUCAUCAACGGCAACGUUCCCUGGUCUGAGGCCCGCAUGGACGACCCCCUAUACUCGGCAUACCGUCUCAACCCGGACGGUUUUUUGCAAAAUGCCUAUAUGCUGUCGCCAGAAACAGCCAACCUCUUUAAACGCUGCUUUUCUCUGUCUCCGGCGUCACGGCCAUCAUUGGCUGAGAUGCGAGCCACGGUCAUGGCGAUCAAGCAGUUUUCGUUGGCCUCGUUGGUUGGGCCUCUGUCUGUGACAGACGUGGUUCAUUCGUCACUUGCAAAUGCCCCUUGUCUUGAUGCUGGUUUGGACCUUCCCCGCAAUCAGCAACCUACACAGACCAGUAUCCAGCUCCCGUCACUUGCGCAGGCGUUAAAUCGUUAUUUCGACUUUGAUUCUACUCCGGUACUACCACAGCCAUUAGUGUCACCACAAUUUUCAACCCUGCCCAUUAUUGUUGUGCAAUCAACGCCUAGUCUCCCUAACACGGAUGCGUUGCCAUCACUAGCCGAACUCCUUCGUGGCUCGCACGUGACUGAUCCUACUUCGUGGUCUUCACCCCUGAAUCCAGUGGGCCAGCUUGUCCCAGUCGCGUCAGAUGUUUCGUCGGCGCCGACCUCCCAGAGUCCGCUGAGUCAGCUUAUCACGGCUAUGCCCAAUGCAUCCCCGUCUUCUACUUCCCCUCAAAACACAGUGGGCCAACUAGCACCGGUACCCAAUACUGCUCCGCCGUUGACGAUGGCUGCUCCCCGGGAUAGCAAGCCAGCCAAUCGUGCUUGCGGCGACCACCCUUUCGGCGAGGGAGAGCUUCCUCCGUCGACACGUCCGCGACUCUGGCCUUCCUCGCAGGGCUGUGUCAUAUUUCCCUCAUCAGCUCUUGUGGGUCGAUUAGGGGCGGAGUGGGUGGAUGAGGGGUGA